GCAGGCGCCUGUUCCCGGCCCGGGGCGGCGGGCGCUGAGUGCGGGUCGCUUGUGCCAGCAGCCCCCGGUGGCGUUCGAGGACGUGGCUCUGUAUUUCACCCGGGCGGAGUGGGAGCUCCUGUCCCCGCCGGAGAAGCAGCUGUACCGGGAGCAGAUGCUGAGGAAUUACCGGGCCCUGGUUUCCCUGGGCUAUUCAGGUUCCAAACCAGACUUAAUCCACCAGAUCGAAUUAGGGGCGGCAGAGCUCUGGGUCGGGGAUGCUGAGGACUCCAGGAAAAGUUCCAGGCUUGAGAGCCCCAUCUCAGUAGGGCCCGGCAUCCUGGGAGGAACGAGGACACCAUUGGAAUACGGGGAGAGCGUAACAGGAAAGCAGGCUUCCACAUCCCUCAUGGGGAUCCAUGCACAGGACACAGUCUAUCCCCUGGACAGUUUCAGCCAGAGACCAGACCUGGCUACACACCAGAGACGCCCCAUGGACUGGCGUCCCCACUGCUGCAUCGACUGUGGCAAGAGAUUCAGCAACCCCUUCGCACUGACCCAGCACCAGUGCACACACACGGGGGAGCAGCCUCAUGACUGUGUUGACUGCGGCAAGGGCUUUGCAGAGAGCUCAGAGCUGGGAAAACAUAAGUGCACUUCCGCCGGGCAGCGCCUCCAGUGCUCUGCCAAAUCUGGUAGGCGUUUCCACAAUGCCAACUUAGUGACGCAGAAUCGGCCUGUGCAUACUAGGAAGCAUCUGCAUCUCUGCACCCAAUGUGGCAAGGACUUUACAGACAGCUCAAAGCUGAGAAUACACCAGCGCACGCACACCGGGGAGCGGCCGUACCACUGUGCCGACUGCGGCAAGACCUUUGUCCAGACUGCACACCUGAGAUCACACCAGCGCACGCAUACUGGGGAGCGGCCGUACCACUGUGCCGACUGCGGCAAGACCUUUGUCCAGACUGCACACCUGAGAUCACACCAGCGCACGCAUACUGGGGAGCGGCCGUACCGCUGUGCUGUCUGCGGCAAAGACUUUGCAGACAGCUCAAGCCUGAGAGUGCACCAGCGCACGCACACCGGGGAGCGGCCGUACCUGUGCACCGACUGUGGCAAGAGCUUUGUACAUCUCUCACAUCUGAGAAUGCACCAGCUCGGGCACACUGGGGAGCGGCCGUAUCACUGUGGUGAUUGUGGCAAGAGCUUCAUCCAUGCCAGUAUGCUGUCGAACCAUCAGCACACGCACACUGGGGAGCGGCCACAUCACUGCGCUGACUGCGGCAAGGGCUUUGCACAUAAAUCGAGCCUGAGAGCUCACCAGCGCGUGCACACUGGGGAGUGGCCGCACCACUGUGCUGACUGUGGCAAGGGCUUUGCACAGAUCUCACAGCUGAGAAUGCACCAGCGCACGCACACCGGGGAGCGGCCGUACUGCUGCACCAAGUGCAGCAAGAGCUUUGCACAUAGGGCAAGUCUGAGAGUGCACCAGUGUGCUCGCAUUGGGGAGCGGCCGCACCGCUGUGAUGAUUGUGGCAAGAGCUUCAGCCAAGCCCACAUGCUGACCCACCAUCAGCGCACGCACACCGGGGAGCAGCUGUACCGCUGUGCUGACUGUGGAAAGACGUUUCGCAAUGCCAACAAGCUGACCCAGCACCAGUGCACUCUCAGUGAGGAGCAGGCACAUCACUGUGCUGACUGCGGGAAGGGAUUUUCACUAAUUUCAUACCUGAGAGCACACCAGUGCAUGCACACUGGGGAGUGGCCACACCACUGUGCUCACUGUGGUAAGGGCUUUGCACAGAUCUCACAGCUGAGAGUGCACCAGCGCACGCACACUGGGGAGCGGCCGCACCAGUGCACAGUCUGCAGCAAGAGCUUUGCACAUAGGUCAAGCCUGAGAGUGCACCAGCGCACGCACACUGGGGAGCGGCCGCACCACUGCACUGACUGCGGCAAGAACUUUACAGAUACUUCAAGCCUGAGAGUGCACCAGCGCGUGCACACUGGGGAGCGGCCGCAUCAGUGCACCGAUUGCAGCAAGAACUUUGCACAUAGAUCAAGCCUGAUUGCGCACCAGUGCAUGCACACUGGGGAGCGGCCGCAUCAGUGCACCGAUUGCAGCAAGAACUUUGCACAUAGAUCAAGCCUGAAAGCGCACCAAUGCGCACACACCGGGGAGCGGCCGCACCACUGCACCAAUUGUGGCAAGAGCUUUGCACAUAGAGCAAGUCUGAGAGCACACCAAUGCGUGCACACUGGGGAGCGGCCAUAUAGCUGUCACGACUGCAACAAGAGCUUCAGCAGUGCUAGUGCAGCCACUGACCAUCAGCGUGCACACACCGUGGACUGGAGCGGCCAGUCCAGUGCUCUGUCUGGAGGAACAACUUUGCACACAGCUCACACCUCAAAAUGCGCGAGUGCUCUCGGACCGGGGAGCGGCUGUACAGCUGUGCUGAUUGUGGCAAGCACUCUUCUCAAUUGGGCUGCCCCGCCCAGCACCGGGUCCCAUGCACCGCUGCUCCCGACAGGGCCAGAGGGGCUUUUGGCAGCCAGUGAGCCUGACACAGCGCCGGCAAAUGCAGAACAGGGAGUGGCUCAGUCUCCUCGUGGCCUUGAUGAAGACAUCCUCGGCUACCCGUCUGGCCGGGCCCUGCACGCGUGGGGUGCCACCCCCGCCGGCCACAACAAAUGGUCCAAGGUCAAACACGUCAAGGGCCCGCGGGAUGCUGAGCGCUGCCGGCUCUUCCAGAAGCUCACCAUGCUGCUGCGCUUUGCCGUGAGAGAGGGGGGACCCAACCCUGAUCUCAACACCAACCUGGCCAACAUCAUCGAGCAGUGCCGGAGCAAGAGCAUGCCCAAAGCCUCCAUUGAGGCAGCCAUCAAGGGAGUUGGCAAAGGGAAGAACUCCUUGUACCUGCUCUACGAAGCCAGAGGCCCUGGCGGGUCUGCGCUGCUCAUCGAAGUGCUGACGGACAACGCCAAGCGAGCCUACCAGGAGAUCCGGCUCAUCCUGAGCCGCAGCGGCGCACAGAUGUGUGAGGGGGCCCGGCACAGCUUCGACAAGAAGGGGGUGAUCACGGUCAGCGGGCGAGACUCGCAGCAGAGGCCCGUGGCCCUGGAGCAGGCCCUGGAGCUGGCGAUCGAGGCCGGGGCCCAGGAUGUGUGGGAAGAAGAGGAUGAGGAGGAGCGGGCGGUUCUGAAGUUUGUGUGUGAGGUGGCCUCGCUGCACCAGGUGCGGGCGAAGUUGGACGCGCGGGGGCUGCAGUCGCUGUCCGCUGCCCUGGAGUUCAUCCCCAACACCAGGGUGCAGCUCUCGGAGGAGGCGAUGGAGCAGGCGUCCCAGCUGCUGGCCACCCUGGGCGACAGCCAGGAGGUGAUGCGGGUCUACGACAACAUCGAAUUGGGCCCUAUUACCCUGCAGCCAGGCGUAGAUCAGCCCCCAGGCUGUGGAGGCUGGUUCCACUGGCCCCACAGCUCCCUCCUUUGGCCCCCAUCACCUGCCCCAUUCGCUGCAUCCACCCAGGUGUUUUGCCUUCGGGACUCGCCUGCUGGGCGGCCCCAAGCCAGCCGGGAGAGCCAGAUGGAGCCGGAGGUAGAGCCGUGCCCGCGGGAUCCGGGGUGCUCCAGUGACAGCUGCGGCCCGCCAGGAACAUUGGCAGCCGGUGACGGGGCGCAGAAAGGGGACGAGGAGUGGAGUCCUGGCCUGGAGGAUGGGGUGCUGUCGGAAGGGUCCGAGUGGGAGUUGUCCCCCAGCCCUGAUCCAGAGUGGCUGCUCAUGACGCUUCCCGCCGCCAACUCAGGGAAGCCCUACGCCUGCGGGGACUGCGGCAAAGCCUUCACCUGGCCCUCGCACCUGGCGCAGCACCGGCGCAUGCACACGGGCGAGCGCCCUUACCGCUGCGCCGACUGCGGCAAAGGCUUCGCCGACAGCUCGUCCCUUGUUAAGCACGGCCGGACCCACACAGGGGAGCGGCCCUACACCUGCCCCCAGUGUGGCAAAGGCUUUGUGGACAGCUCGUCGCUCACCAAGCAUGCCCGUACCCACACGGGCGAGCGCCCCUACUGUUGCCCCAGCUGUGGGCGUGGCUUUGCCGACAGCUCCCGGCUGGCCCAGCACCGACGUAUCCAUGCUGGAGAGCGGCCUUACUGCUGCCCUGACUGUGGAAGGGCAUUUGGCCGCCGAGCGCACCUGAUUGAGCACCGGUACACGCACACUGGCGAGAAACCCCACCGCUGCCACCAGUGUGGCAAAGGGUUCAGCCAGAGCUCCAACCUGACGCAGCACCAGAAGACCCACCUGGCGGAGAAGCCUUACAUCUGCCCGCAGUGUGGGAAGGGCUUCUGCCUGCGCUCCCAGCUGGUCAAGCACCAGCGGCUGCACAGCCCUGACAACCCCCACCGCUGUCCUCAGUGCCACAAGGGCUUUGUAGACCGCUCGCCUCUCCUCAAGCACCUGAGGAUCCACACUGGGGAGCGACCCUUCCGAUGCACUGAGUGUGGGAAGGCUUUCAGCAUGAGUUCACACCUCACGCAGCACCAGAGAGUCCACACUGGAGAGAAACCCCACCGCUGCCACCAAUGUGGCAAGGCAUUUGCCCAGAGCUCCAACCUGACACAACAUCUACGCACUCAUACUGGGGAGCGCCCAUACAAGUGCCCCAAAUGUGGCCGGGCCUUCAGCGAUAGCUCCAGCUUCUUGCGGCACCAGCGGCUGCACAGUGGGGAGCGACCCUACUGCUGCCACCAAUGUGGCAAGAGCUUCGCUGAUGGCAAGGUGCUGCGCAAGCACCAAAUGACCCAUAGCGGUGAGCGGCCCUUUGCCUGUGGGCAGUGUGGCCGUGCCUUUGCCCAGAGCUCCAAUCUGGUGCAGCACCAGGCCAUCCACACUGGGGAGCGGCCUCACCGCUGCCACCAGUGUGGAAAAGGGUUCUGCUUUCCCUCGCAGCUGGCGCAGCACCGGAAGCUUCAUGCUACUAUUAUUGUGGUGGAUGAUGCUGAUGAUGAACUCUCCCCGCCUGCCAAUUAAGCCCUUCCAGAACCUGGCUUCCCUGAGUGGGGUUUGAACCUGGGACUCCCCUGUUGCUUGAGUUGCAGGGCCAAGGGUGACACAGACUUGUAAUCCUUUUUCCAGCCACAAGAGGAGGAUAAAAGGCAGGUCUAGUGCUAGAGCUAACCAAGGGACAGACAAAUAGUUUCACUAAGUCAAUCUGAAUGAGACACAUUUUUAUCUUUUCAUUGACAUUGUUUGUGAUAUUGUUCCAAAAAAGUCAUGUGGCUAUAGGAAAAUUUCAGCUUUUUAAAAAGUUAUUUUCUGAUCCUGAUGGUGUGGGAGAAAAGUUGGGAAAAAUUACUCCAAGUGGCUCAGAACUAUGAGUAAAUAGAUUCUUACAUUUAUGGUUUUCAACAUCUCAGGAUGUUUUAAAGCCAUGUUUAUACUGGGGACUCACUUGGGCUCUUUGAUUGCUUACAGUGGCUGUGCUGCAGAGGUUACAUUUUGGAAGCCUUUGUGAACCCAGUCCUAACGGCAUUGAUGGUAUUUGUUCACGUGUUUCGGUUGUGAAGGAUUUACGAAUUUACCAGAGGCUGAAAUUCACAGCUAGGAUUCUGAGGCUCAGGUGUAAGUCAUUGGUUUAAUACAUGUGGCCACAUCUUCCUCUGGUGCACAGUCCUGGCUACUGCAACAUCCAAUUGAUCACUCACAGCUGGGGGAGUUACCCAUGUUCCCUGUAAGCUAUGCACUUGGGCAGCUACCCAGGAGAGAGUCAGGUAGUAGAUUAGUAGAGCACCCACAGAUGGCAGCAUGUGUUUCCACUGGUGGUGCAAAACUGCACAUACCUCAGUGCAUACAACAAACUUUAUUCCAUACAUGGAUGGAAAAAAAUUAGAGGGAGCACCCUGGAAUUAUCCCUUUAGCUCAAGGUUGCAUGGGAUGAUGCAUUUGGGUUGGGAUUGGGUCUGACAGACUAGAGCUGGUCAGGAACUAUGUAUUUCCCCAUGGAUUGUUUUUAAUCAAAACUUGGUUGGGAAUGUCUGAUUUCCUUGACAUUUUUCCUCUGAACCAAAUGUUCAGAGUUUUUGUCAACAAACCUAAAGUUGAGAAAAUGUUGGUUGACCAGCUUUGGAAGAGAGUCAUAUGCCCUUACUGUUUCCAAUCUUGUAACAAUCAUCUUUGGGGGCAGAGAUCCCAUGGAUUGGAUACACAAGAAUAAACAGUGUGUCACAGUGGAUUUGGCUCCUUGCUUUUCAAGCCCUUUUGCAAUUGUCACCUUAUUGCUUCUAUUUGAAUGAAACCUACAUGGUGUUACAUGUAAUAUGAAGAUUAACAUUUUCUUCCAUUCUUUUCCCAAAAUGUGUAUGUAUUUUUUUUUUUUAGCAAACAAACACUUAAAAUAGUACUGAGGAAAGAUUAGAAAUAAUAAACUACAUGUUUUGUUUGUUUUAUUUGUUAAAACACAUAGCAAGAAAUAGAAACCAAGGAAAGACUUUUUCCCAGACAAAAAAUGUUAACUACAAGAUUCUAACAACAGUACCACAAAUUAAAGGUAUCCAUUAAUAACUGUAAGUUUGUCCUUAGUUAGUGUUUUGUUAGAGUGAACUAUGCUUGUUAGGACUUUACCACUUGGAUUUGGAUGUUAGGUUUUAGGCUACCCAGCGGGAUUUUUAAAGGAUUAAAUUAAUUAGAGUGAAUUGACAUGUUGAAAGUAAAACAUUUUUCUGGCCAAAAAAUUAAGUUUAGUGACAAAUGGAGUUUUUCCUCAUGAAAACAUUAUUUUCAACAACAAAACUGGUGAUUACAGCUUCUGUUUAAUUUCAAAUUGGAUUUUUGCUUUGCUCUUUUUCCAUCAAACACACUUUUUGUCCCAUUUCAACUUUCACCCAUCAUUUGCUGUGGGGGAAAAAAGGAAGAGGGGAGAAGUAAUUCCAAACCCUGAAAUUGAAAACUUUUUUUGAAAAUCCAGACCAAAGUUGUAAUUUAAAUAAAAUCAAUUUUUCUUUCUUUCUUUCUCAAAAAAUGAAAUGUUUUAUGGUGAAACAUUUCACUAUUUAAACCAGUUCUACAUCUGAUUUCCUGAGGGAAUUUCAAGAUCAUUUGUAUGCUGGAAAUCUGCCCCAAUUCAAGACCCAGCUGCACCAAUAGAAGUGACUUCCAUAGUUUUCCCUAGGGGUUUACAUUGGGACAGAUACACGAUGAGCAGCUGGAAUAAGCACACAUCCAGUUUAGACAAUAGCUAGGUUAACAUCUUUCCUGACCUCCAUAACCAUAUUUAUUAGGCACCACUUUAGAGGCACCUAUGAAGAUCUUCUCAGAUGCAUCGAGGACCUAGCUGCUGCUUGUGAAGUGUUGAUAGAAGCUAUGAUGCUUUCAGCAUUGGACCUGUGUAGCAUAAAAAGUGACCCAUUCUGGACAUCUUUAAAAGGGCCUGAUUCUGAAUAUGAUGUUGAGCAUCUUUUCUCCCCAAAGCAAGGCUGGUAAAGGUAUCUAGCUGGAGAACAUGCUCUUCCCCCCCAAAUCUCCAGUCACUUCUGAAAAUCUUCACAGAUUUUGUUUGCAUUUGUUGGCCAGAGUUUUCUGUAAGCUGAGCGCUUGGGAGGGCAUCCAGGAGAGAUUCAAAUACCUCCCAGAUGAUUAGCAGAGUGUCCACAGCCAAUAGCAUGUGUUUCUACUGUGGUGCACAUCCACACAUGUGUCAGUGCAUGUAACAAAAUUUAUUCUGCCCUCAGAUGGAAAAAAAAUUAGAGGGAACCUUGAAGAAUGGUCCCGCAUUUAACUGUAUUAAAACACAUGUUCAGUCGAACCCUGGGUUGUCUAGCAGUAAGCACAGAUGACACUCAGAUGACCUUUGCUAUUCCUGGCCUUCCUAAUGAACAGCUGGGUGCUUUUUAGGCAAGUCACUGUGGCCCUGAGCCGCCAAAGUCUCUAUGCACCCAACUUCCUUGGAUUUCUAAGAAAGUUAGGUGGGAGCCAGAGACUCCCCCAGAUCACCACUUCCCUAUUAAAAAACAGGUUAAGAGACCCUUGAGGCUGCAGGGGUAAGUCAGCUGUUCCCCUGAAAUUGAGAGUGACAGCUGAUUUCCCACAGCGAGGGAGCAGGCCCUCUGUUUCCAAGAGAGUCAAAAUGGAAGGAGUUGCCCAAAGUCCAUGGGAAGUGCCCUUCACUCAGGGAAUCUCUUCCUGCGCCCAUCCCCAGUGGGGCUCUGCUGUGAGCUUUGUGACUUGCUUGGGAGAGAGGAUCUGAGUGCCCGGGCUCAGGAGCAGCCAGCCACCAUCUGGCCCAGAGGCCUCUGGGUUCGAGGGCUUUGGAGUGCAGGCAGUGGUGCAAGAACAUUUGUAAAAAAUGAGGGAGGGCUAAGCCCUCUUACCCAUGUCACCCCCACCCCAAGCUGAGGCUGGGAGCAAACCUUCAGCACAUGCAGCCAGCAGCAAAGGCCCUCAGCAUACAGGACUCAAACUGGGACCCAGCACGCAGGGCCACUCCUGCGGCAUGGGGUGGCAGACGGAAAUCUGGUACAUGGGGCAGCAACAGAGCCCCCAGCAUGUGAGGCCAGCAGCUGGGUACUCAGGCGCAAGGUCGGGAGCCUGGGGAAAGACCUAUUGUGCAGGGUCCUUCCAGACGUCAGAGCUAACCCUGGAGAGCCAACGUCUGAUGAGCCUGCAGCCGGUGCCUGAGCCACAGCGACUCCAAGGGGAGCAAUGUUUAGGACGAUGUGAAAAGCGCGAGUAGGAUGAAUAUGGCUCAGCAUGCAGCUUCAGAGCUCAGUGUCGGCCCGCCCCACACUGGACCUGGUAACAACAAACCCCACAGCAAUGGGGGAGGGGCGGGGUUUUCGUUUUUAGUCUCAAUAAAGCUGGUACCCAAUCCGCUGCCAGUGGCACAGACCCCUGGUCGAAGUGCAGCACUGAGGGCAGGUCCCGCCCGCCUGACGCUGGUCUACACAGCAAUGAAGGGCAGCUAUCCUGGAGUGGGAUUGCCCCAGGGGCGCCUCUGAGCCCUGAGAGAGAAGCUGACUGUUCCUCUCUUCCUCGGGACAAUGACAGGAGAGGGCUCUGCCCCAGCAGGCCUGGCUAAGCUGGCAGUCAUGGCGGGAGACGUAUUUGGGAGGCAGCGCCUCCAGCUGGGCAGGGAAUUCAGCACCAUGGCAGGGAACAGGGCUGAUGUGGCAGGAUGCAGGAGCCGUCUUCCCUGAGGCCAUCUGAUCCUGCUCCUCGACUCAGGGCUGCCGAGAGACCAGCCACCAGUCACUUGCUCCUGCCUUGUCCCCUCACCAGCUCAGCUUAUGCCCACCACGGCCCCAGCCAACACUCUCAGCCUUCGGCUCCACCUUGGCCUACGCCUGCCAUGGCCACAGCCCCAGCCUCCACCUCGGCCUAUACCUGCCAUGGCAACAGCCCCAGCCUUUGGCUCCACCUUGGCC